CUUUUUCUACCCAACAGCCUGUCUCUGACCAUAUGCGCAUCUCGACGUAAUUCAGUGCCGAGACUAAGCAUAUUGUAUGCUAAUCUUUCAUUCAAAUUGAUAGGAAGCCUUCGAAAGCGCUCGCCCUUGUCUUUCUUCUCAAGUCUCCUCGAAUAGACCCUUAAAGACCCAGCUUGGGCACCCCCCAACGGCAUCUCUACAUUACAUCAUAAACACUUCGCGCAAUGUCCAGAAACCUACUUGAUGUAGCUGCCGAGCUUGGUAGCGAGGAAGAGGAUGAGGACUUUGAUGAGGAGGGAAAUGAAGGUGAGGGCCCAAGGAGGAAAACGAAUGGCAUGAACAGUGGCAUGGAUGAUUCUAGCGAAGAGGAGGACGAUGAUGAUGAUGAAGAGGAGGCCGCGAAGAUUCGCGAAGGUUUCAUUGUCGAUGAGGACGAAUAUGAUGAUGACAGGGCGGCGCGGCGACGUGAAAAACGGAAGCGCAGAAGGGCUGAGCGUGAAGAGGAAGAAGCUGCUCUCGACGAAGAGGACCUGGAUCUCAUCGGUGAAGCAAAUCCUGAACUCGAACAGAGAAAACAAGCAAAGUCGAAAUUCAAGCGACUUAAGCGCGGUCACCGAGAUGAAGAGGCCCCCGCCGGUCCGCGUGGUGUAGACGAGAUAUUCUCUGAUGACGACGACGAAGCUGGAGACGACGAUCGUCGCCCAUUGCAUGAUGGUCGGGGUAUCCAAGAUGAGUUCGCAGAUUUCAUCGAAGAAGACGAAUUUGAGGAUGAUGUCGCCCGUGCCCUUGAAGAAGAACGUGAGGUGGCUCGGCCUGGCACCAAAGGCUACUCUGGUCUCGCUGGUAUCGAAGAGUCCGGACUCGACGAAGCUUCUUUGGAAGAUAUGCGUGCAGCCUUUGGGACCGGACACGAGUACGACUGGGCAUUGGAUAUACAAGACGAGGAAGACUUUCGUGAGGAAGGUGGUGAAAAGCAGCUCGAGCUUAAACAUGUCUUCGAACCAUCCGAGCUUAUUGAUCGUAUGCUUACGGACGAAGACAAUGAAAUCAGGCGCAAAGACGUACCAGAACGAUUCCAAGUUGCUCGAAAGCCUUUCAAAGAGCGCGACUACACCAAUGAGGCGGGAUUACAGCUGCUACAGGAGGAGGCUCAAUGGAUUUCCAAUCUUCUACUUCCCAAGAAACGUCUCGCAAGUGGAUACGUUGAUCCGUUCAAACAGUCGGUACGAAAGGUCCUCGACUUCAUGGUCGUGGAAGACUACGAGGUACCGUUCAUCUUUCAGCACCGCAAAGACUUCCUUAUCCAUUCCGCCGCCGAAGAUGGCGAGGAUGAUCGGCCUGAACGACUUCUAUCCCAGGAUGAUCUUUGGGAAAUUUUCGAACUUGAUCUGAAGUUUAGAGGUCUGGUAGAAAAACGCGAAGCAUUGCAAGCAACGUAUGAAGGGUUGAAGAGCAUCACUGGAAGCACCGACGUUGUCUUCGAAGACAUGAUAAUUGAAGCAGUCACCAUGGAAGAGAUUCAGGACAUUCAAGAAUAUCUGCACUUUCGCUACGCUGGCGCCACCAAAGACCUAUCCCUGAUCCAAUCCGAGACUAAUGGGUCACAAAAACGCGCACAGUCAGCCAAGUCCAUGUUUGAGAGGAUACGCUCUAGCAACGUAUAUAAUUUUGUUCGAGCAAUCGGCAUUACGUCAGAGGGUUUCUCAACCAAUAUGUCGUCUCCAGCGAAACCUCACUCUUAUACCGAAGAUGUCACGGAUCAUCCCGAAGACCUGGCCGAUGCUUCACUUGAACUCCCAGAAUUUUCCACUGGCCAACAAGUCCUUCGAGCUGGGAAAGCCAUGUUCGUUGAGGAAGUCAUACUAAACCCCAGAAUUCGAAAAUAUGUGCGAAUUAAUUUCUACGAACAGGGUCUCAUUGACUGUGUCCGCACGGAGAAAGGACUGCGGCACAUCACUGAAGACCAUCCGUACUACGCAUUCAAGUAUCUUCGAGCUCAAGAUAUCGCCGCCAUGGUUCGCAGCCCAGAACUAUACUUGCGUAUGCUCAAGGCAGAACGAGAGGGUUACGUGGAAGUCAAGUUUCGCCUUGCCAAUGCCAAGUCCAUGAAGGAGAGGAUGUACCAAAAUAUUGAAUCCGACAACGUUAGUGAGGUUGCUGAUGCAUGGAAUGCUCUACGACGUGAGGUGGUCGGCACGGCGCUAACAAAAUUGGAGAAAAUUGUUGCAAAAGGUGUUAAAGAGACACUCAAGGCCGAGUGUGAGAGCCACCUUGCCAGAGCGUGUCGUGAGCGAUACGGCGAGAAGCUCGACCAGGCACCGUAUAAACCCAAGGGGAUGAUGCUCGGAACCACUCCACGUGUACUGGCCUUGUCGAACGGGAGGGGUGUUCCUGGGCGCGAUGCUAUCUGUUGGGCAUGGGUUGAAGAUAAUGGACGUGUUCAGGAAAACGGCAAGUUCGUUGACUUGAGACUUGGCAACCCGGACAAGUAUAUUCCUGACGGUAAAGACGUGGCGAACUUGAUAGAGCUCGUGAAGCGUCGCAAACCCGAUGUCCUGGCCGUGUCCGGAUUUUCAGUCGAGACGAAGAAACUCUUCAAAGAGCUUCAGGACAUUAUUGACAAAUUCGAUAUCCAAGGUCCUGAGUAUGAGAAUGAGGAUGGGCACGACGUGACCGACAAGCUUGAGGUCAUUAUUGUAAACGACGAGGUUGCACGGCUAUAUCAUAACUCCAAGCGAUCGGAAUUGGAAUAUCCAGGUCUGCCGCCAACGACAAGGUACUGUAUUGCCAUUGCGAAAUAUCUUCAGAGUCCAGUCAAAGAGUACGCUUCGCUUGGUGUAGACAUUACUACGAUACCUUUCGAUCCUAAUCAAGAUCUGGUUCCCCCGGAACGACUCCUGAAGAUUUUGGAAUCUGCUAUGGUUGAUAUUGUUAAUCUAGUGGGUGUCAAUAUCGAUGAAGCGAUAAAUGAUCCGUAUACAGCGAAUCUGCUGCCGUACGUCUGCGGUCUCGGGCCACGUAAGACUAUACAGCUCACAAAAGCGAUCAAUGCCAACGGUGGUGUCGUGAUAUCCAGAUAUGAAUUGCUAGGAGUUGAUGACAGUAGCGAGAAGAGUUUGUUACCGGCUGUGGGUGCUAAGGUGUUUGCCAACUGCGCCAGCUUUCUAUACCUCGACUACGACCCCACAGAAGCAGAAUCUGACUAUCUAGAUAACACACGUGUCCAUCCCGAAGAUUACGACAUCGGACGGAAAAUGGCUGCUGACGCACUAGAGCUGGACGAGGAGGACAUAAAGCAGGAGGUCGAUGACGGAGGUGCAAGUGCAGUUAUACGCCGCAUGGUCCGUGAGAAGGAGGAGGAGAAGGUCAAUGAACUUGUCCUCGAGGAGUACGCUGUGCAGCUCGAGUCAAAGUUCCAUCAACGAAAGCGAGCCACCUUGGAAACGAUCCGGGCAGAAUUACAGUCGCCUUACGAAGAACUACGCCGCAACUUCGCUCUCCUCAAUUCCGAUGACAUAUUCACUAUGCUCACAGGAGAUACCAAGGACUCUCUUACCGAAGGCAUGGUUGUCCCUGUGGUGAUUAGGAGAGCUUUUGCGGAUCACAUUGAAGUCAAGCUCGAUAAUGGCAUUGAAGGGGCUGUGUCUGAGAGUGAAUUUCCUGAAGGGGUAGGACUUGACCGUGGUGGCGCCGAUGUACGCUCCGUUUUCCAGACCAACCAGACCGUGCAAGCGAAGAUCGUGUUCAUCAACCGGAAGCAAUUUACUGUGCAGUUAUCCCUCCGAGAGGAGGCCUUACGUCGACCAUACAAGAAAGAUCUUGAACGUCCGCCAUCAGAGUGGGAUGAGGCACAGGAAGCUCAAGAUAAGAAAAACGCGCAAAAGGCUAAGGAAGAAGUCUCUGGACGAGCACAGCGCGUUGUCAACCACCCUCUCUUCUUCAGCUAUAAUGCUGCUCAAGCUGAAGAGUAUCUUGGAUCAAAGGAAGCAGGCGAAGUGGUCAUAAGGCCAUCGUCAAAAGGUCUUGACCAUUUGGCGGUGACUUGGAAAGUGGCAGAUAAUGUUUAUCAGCACAUAGAUGUCCUCGAGUUAGACAAGGAGAAUGAAUUCUCCCUGGGAAGAACGCUGAAGGUUGGUGGCAAAUAUACUUACUCUGAUCUGGACGAACUCAUCGUCAACCAUGUCGAAUCGAUGGCCAAAAAGGUUACGGAGAUGACCAAGGAUGAGCGCUUCCAAAAAGGAAGUCGAGCCCAGACAGAACAAUGGCUAAAGACUUAUACUGAGGCGAAUCCAAAGCGGUCCAUGUAUGCUUUCUGCAUCAUGCCUAAGUUCCCGGGCUACUUCCAGAUAUGCUUCAAAGCUGGCCAAUACGCAGACCUGGGGUCGUGGCCUAUCAAAGUCAUCCCUAACGCAUUUGAGCUCAAACAUGUCCAAUACCCCGACAUGCGGGCACUCAAAAAUGGAUUCAAAUUGCUCUUCUCGGCGGAGUCGGCCCCUCGCCGUUGAGAAUAUGCGCGCAUGUAUUAUAUACGAACUAUCUAGACGGCUUCUGGUUUUAACGCUCGGCAUUUCAACGUGUAGCAUGCUUUCACGGCGUUUGAAUGGUACCAUAGGCUUGGCAGUUGGAAAAGCUAGGAUUAACUUACUUAGUGCUACGACAUGGCAAAGAUCGCAAUUCAUCAGAAAGUAUUCUUAAUUAUUCAAAGUGACCGGUUUGAAUUGACCAGUCGCCAACGAGCACACUUAAGCGCGCCCGUGCUCUUUCGAUCUAAUUAGAAUAGAUACUUUUGGUCACAAUU